UUAUGCAUGGAGCAUUAGUAGUUUGUAAAAGCCCAGAAGGGAAGAAACAGUCAUUGCAGAAUUAUAUUGAAACGAAAAGAUCGAAACCAUGGUUUCCAAAAGUCGAUCAUUAUUGUUAAUGUUGUUGUUAACAUUUUAUCUGUGUGUAUUCUAAUUUCAUCUCCUAGUUUUUGCUGCUAAAAGAGACCAAGCCAGCAGAACAGAGGAAGGCUCUUAUAAAAUGGAAACAGAGAGCCUUGACAACAAAGGCCAAUCUCUCCUGUCUUCAUGGUCGGAGGAGGCAGGAGCCAUUGCAAUUGGGUUGGAGUUGCUUGCGAAAAGUCAACAAGAGUAACCCAUCUCAAUCUUUCAAGAGCUGGUUUGAGUGGUACGCUUCAAAAUCUCAGCUUCUCAUCCUUUACCAACCUCAUUAGCAUCAAUUUGGCACAAAACGACUUUCAUGGAGACAUUCCUCUUGACCUUUAUAACCUUUCCAAACCCAUUUAUCUUGACUUGUCAAACAACCGUAUUGAACUCAGAAUAAGAAUUUGUUUCGUAUACAUUCUUUUUAGAGGAGUGAGGAAGACAAAUCAGAACCUACCUGAUCCUGAUUGAACUCAGAAUAAGAAUUUGUUUUCAAUAUGGAGCUAUGAUGGGAAAAUGGUGUAUGAGAACAUUGUCCAAGCAACAGAGGAAUUCGACCUCAAAUAUUGCAUCAGAGAGGGAGGAUAUGGGAGUGUUUACAAGGCCGUGUUAAGCCCAAGUCAGGUUGUUGCUGUGAAGAAGCUUCACACAAAUGUGGAUGGCAGGAUGUUUCAUCUCAAAAGCUUUUAGGAGUGAAAUUCAUGCACUAAUGCAUAUACGGCACCGUAACACUGUGAAGCUACAUGGAUUCUGUUCACAUCCACGACACUCUCUGUUGGUAUACGAAUUCUCGGAAGGAGGAAGCCUUGGAGAUGUAUCGAGCAACAAGGAAAAAGCAAGAGCAUUUGAAUGGAGUAAAAAUGUUGGUAAAGGUGUGGCGAAUGCAUUAUCUUACAUGCACCAUGACUGCUCACCUCCUAUAAUACAUCGAGAUAUAUCAAGCCAGAAUAUUUUACUGAAUGCACAAUGUGAUGAAGCUCAUAUUUCUGAUUUCGGGACUGGCCAGGAUUCUUAAAGUUGAGUCAUCCAACUGGACUUCAUUCGCUGGAACUUUUGGAUAUGCUGCUCCAGAACUUGCUUAUACCAUGGAGGUGAAUGAAAAAUGCGAUGUUUAUAGCUUCGGAGUAGUGACAUUGGAAAUAAUAAUGGGGAAACAUCCAGGGGAUCUCAUCUCCACAAUAUCAUCAACUUCAUCAUUAUCAUUCUCACUGUCUGAUAAGUCGGCUCUGGUGGAUCUCAUCUCCACAAUAUCAUCAACUUCAUCAUCAUCAUUCUCACUGUCUGAUAAGUUGGCUCUGGUGGAUAUUUUAGACCAAUGUAUAUUGCCUACUAUAUAUGAUGAUGAAGUCGCAGGGGAGGUAGUCUCUCUGGCCAAGAUAGCAUCCGCAUGCUUAAACGGCAGUGCACAAUGUCGUCCAACAAUGAAAGAAAUCUCUCAGGAGCUAAUGUUGACUCAUAGAGGCUAAACUUGUCAUAGCCACUGCUUCUAUUUGACAGUUCUUGCUUCUACAUUUAGUUAGGUGAUUGAUGGUUAGAACUUGUUUGUAUCAUUAAUCUUGCAAUCAAUGGUGUAAAAUGCGAAUAAGUGCAUUAGUCAUUUUUGUCUUGAUCAAGGAGUAUUACA